GACCUAAAGAGUUAGUCUUUUUUUUUUCAUUCCCGCGGCAGUGAGAAAACUGAAUCGAUUUUUCAGUAUUUGUUAAGUUUUUAAACUUAUAUAUUUGAUGUUUUCGCUGGGAGUUUUUUUGUGAAUUAUGGCUUUUUUAUUUGAACAAGGCAAGAAGCAUACAUUUUGGAUAUAAUUAAGUGCGGUGUGCAAAUUGUUUAAUUAAAGAAGAAAAAUAAGAAAAACUAUUGCAGAGAAGCGUUCACCUGCCCCUGCCCCGAAUGAAAGGAAGAAGAAUAAAUAGUUGUAUACCCACUGUAUGAGCUGUGAAAAUUCCCCUGCGCCGCCGUACGCCGGACGUAGGACAUAUUAUUGCAAAAAGCAAAAUUACUAUUUGCAUUAACCCCUUGUUUGGUUGGAUAUGCAUCUAGCCAUGCCUACCGUAAAUUAUUUUAAUGUUUAGUUUGUUAUUUAAACGAGCCUGCAAAUAAUAAAAACGUAUAAAUCUACCCGUACCCGUGUGUACGUUGUAAAAUGUUUUCUACGCAGCACGGGGUCGGCGACUCCGACGGGUAUGAUUUUACAAAAAGCGAAAAUGCAGCUCGCUGGAGGGGUUUGUUUACGCCGUCCCUGAAGAAGGUUUUGGAGCAAGUACAUUCUCGCUUGACAGCCAAAGAGGAUGCUCUGCUUUAUGUGGAAACACUUUGUUUACGCAUACUGGCAAUGCUGUGUGCUAAGCCAUUACCGCAUUCUGUACAGGACGUUGAGGAAAAAGUGAAGAAAACAUUUCCAGGCCCUAUUGACGAGUGGGCAUUGAAUGAAGCAAAGGAAACAAUUAGCUCCAAAAAAAGAAAAUCUGUUUUGCCUACGGAUCGAGUGCACUCAUUGUUGCAAAAGGAUGUACUUCAGUAUAAGAUUGAUAAUUCAGUAUCAGUUUUUCUUGUUGCUGUUUUGGAAUAUAUUUCAGCAGAUAUUUUAAAGUUAGCUGGAAAUUAUGUGAAAAAGAUAAAACACUGCGAAAUAACCAAGGAAGAUAUUGAAGUUGCAAUGUGUGCUGAUAAGGUCCUAAUGGAUAUGUUUUAUCAAAGCGAUAUAAAAGCUAAUGUAGUACCUAGUCCAUUACCCACCUUACCCACACAGCGUGCCAGCACUACAUAUGAAGAAGUUGUGAAGGAGCUCAUACAUGAUGAAAAACAAUAUCAACGUGAUUUACAUAUGAUAAUACGUGUAUUUCGUGAAGAAUUGGUUAAAGUAGUACGUGAUACUAAAGAGCUCGAGCCUAUAUUUUCCAAUAUAAUGGAUAUAUAUGAAGUGACAGUUAACUUAUUGGGCUCAUUAGAGGAUGUUAUUGAAAUGUCACAAGAACAAAGUGCUCCCUGCGUUGGUAACUGUUUUGAGGAGUUAGCUGAAGCAGAAGAAUUUGAUGUUUACACCAAAUAUGCACAAGAAGUGACGUCGCAACAAUCCAAAGAUGCGCUCAGUUUGUUAUUGGCUAAACCAGAUGCCAUGUCUUUAAUGUCCGCAGGUCAUGGAUUUCGCGACGCUGUAAAAUAUUAUUUGCCUAAGUUGUUAUUGGUGCCAGUUUGGCAUGCUUUUGUUUAUUUUGAUUAUAUUAAAUUACUGAUGGAGCUCAGUCCCUCGCAAGAAGAUGUUGAAAGUUUUCAACAAGUACAGGGCCUUCUAAGGCCACUUCAAUGUGAUCUCGAAAAUAUAGUAGCGCAUUUGCCUAAGGAGUCUUGUGUUCCAAUGAGCAGUAGAGCUCGUCGUCAACUAGCCAUAGAACGCACACGUGAAUUGCAGAAUACAGUUGAGCAUUGGGAUGAUAAAGAUGUUGGACAAAAUUGCAACGAGUUUGUAAGAGAGGAUUCUCUUGGAAAAUUGGGUUCAGGAAAGCGUAUUGCUGAGCGUAAAGUCUAUCUUUUUGAUGGACUAAUGGUGCUUUGUAAGCCAAAUACGAAACGUCAAGCACCAUCAACCGGCGCACAAACAUAUGAUUAUCGGCUUAAAGAAAAAUUCUUUAUGCGUCGAGUUGAAAUUAACGAUCGUGCCGAUACUGAGGAAUUGAAAAACUCAUUUGAAAUUGCACCACGCGUGCAACCAUCUAUCAUACUCACAGCCAAAAAUCCACAACAUAAAAAUGAUUGGAUGGCGGAUCUCAUUAUGGUUAACACAAAAUCAAUGUUAGAUCGCAUAUUGGAUAGCAUAUUGCUUGAUAUUGAAAAAAAGCAUCCGUUACGUAUGCCAAGCGCUGAUAUUUAUAAGUUUGCAAUACCUGAUAGUCCUGAUAAUAUUGUAUUAGAAGAACGUGAGAGUACUGGUGUGCCUUUAAUAAAGGGUGCAACGUUAUGUAAACUUAUUGAGCGUUUAACCUAUCAUAUAUACGCCGAUCCUAUGUUCGUGCGUACCUUCCUUACCACAUAUCGUUAUUUUUGUUCACCGCAAAAUUUGUUAACGCUUUUAAUUGAGCGCUUUAAUAUACCGGAUCCUAGCCUGGUCUAUCAGGAUAACCAGCUGGGUCUGGAUAAGGAUCCACUUAAUUGUGAUACUGAUAAAAUGCAUAAAAAUUCGCAACGCGAAGACUGGAAAAGAUAUCGUAAAGAGUACGUGCAACCCGUACAAUUCCGUGUGCUAAAUGUUUUGCGACAUUGGGUCGAUCAUCAUUUUUAUGAUUUUGAAAAAGAUCCAACAUUACUGGAGAAUUUAUUGCAUUUUCUGGAAAAUGUUAAUGGUAAAUCAAUGCGAAAAUGGGUAGACUCUGUUUUAAAAAUUGUUCAAAGAAAGAACGAACAAGAGAAGAGCCAUAAGCAAAUAAUAUUCGCACAAGGCGUUCAUCCGCCACCAAUUGAGCACCAUCUUAAUGUUCCUGAUUCAGAAAUAAAUUUGUUAACUCUACAUCCAUUAGAGUUGGCUAGACAGUUAACACUACUUGAAUUUGAAUUGUACAAAAACGUUAAGCCUUCAGAACUUGUCGGUUCACCGUGGACAAAAAAGGACAAAGAAUUAAAAAGUCCUAAUUUGCUCAAAAUAAUGAAGCACACAACAAACGUAACAAGAUGGAUUGAGAAAUCAAUUAUCGAAGCGGAAAAUUAUGAAGAGCGUGUAGCUAUGGUUGCACGGGCUAUUGAAGUUAUGAUGGUUAUGCUGGAACUAAAUAAUUUUAAUGGCAUAUUGUCAAUAAGCGCUGCCAUGGGCAGUGCAUCUGUAUAUCGUUUAAAGUUAACAUUUCAGGGUUUACCAGCGCGUUAUGAAAAAUUUUUAGAUGAAUGUAGAGAGCUUAAUGAUGGUCAUUUAAAAAAAUACCAAGAACGUUUACGUUCAAUUAAUCCACCUUGUGUGCCAUUUUUCGGCAGAUAUUUAACAAAUAUACUGCAUUUGGAAGAAGGUAAUCCUGAUUUUCUGCCUAAUACGGAGCUCAUCAAUUUUUCAAAACGUCGGAAAGUUUCCGAAAUAAUUGGUGAGAUACAACAGUACCAAAAUCAACCAUAUUGUUUAAUGGUCGAUUUAAAAAUUAGAAACUUUUUGGAAAAUUUGGAUCCCUUUAAGGGUAUGUCAGAUACAGACAUAUCGAAUUUCCUAUAUCACGAAAGUCUCCGUAUAGAGCCGAGAGGUUGCAAGCAACCUGUAAAAUUUCCACGAAAAUGGGCAUCCAUUCCGUUGAAGUCACCAGGCAUUAAACCACGACGUCAAAACAAUAGCAACAACAACAGCAGCAGUAGCAGUGUAUCGCUAAUACAAUCGUCGCUUUCAUCAUUUAGUAGUCGACCACAAACAGUACUUACUACACAUGAUGAAGGUAUUGGUGAACAUAGUCCAACGGCAUGCAAUACUAGUACACACAGUCAAAGCAAUAAUCCACAUGCCUAUUCUGUGUUUGCUAGUGUUAAUAUACCUGAUCGUAAUGGUAGCAAUUGGGUGCAUGGUCUGCAAACAGGAGGAACAGUUUGUUCGACAGCUGUUCAUAAAAAUGACGAACACAUUGAGGCAAAUGGCGAUACACCGCAACCAGUACCGCAAUUGCCAAAAAAACCAUCUGGAGUACACACUUCCGUUGCACAUAUUUGGAAUAGUGAACCAACUGAAAAAACAACUUUCAGUCCUACUUUUAUCGAGAUAUCAUCAACACGUCUCGAUACUUCUUGGACAACAAUUGACGACCAACAUCAACAUCAACAAAUAUCAUCUCAACAAUACCAUACGCAACAUCAACAUCAACAGCAACAGCAACAUGUUAAUCAAUAUAAUACCACGUUAAUUAAUAAUAAUCCUAUUGUUAGAGAAAAUGAACCGAUGCCACCAUCGCCGUUGCCUAAAGUUGUAGUUAGUCCACGGCAUGAAAAGCAUUCAGCAAGAUCUCCUUUCCAAAAUACCGCGCCAUCAAAUAAAUCUUGUUGCAGCUCCACCACACAUUAUAGUCCAACAGAAUGUAUUGUUGGUGGUAAUCCAGCUUUCAUAGGUUUUGCAAGUUCUCAAGUAGCUGAGGUGGAUUUUAAUAAUCCAACAGUACCUGUUUCUCCGCAUGUAAAUGUACCUACAGCAUCAAAUGUAGAGUAUAGAACAGCACCACCUCCGUUACCGCCUCGCAGAAAAGAACGAACCGAAAGCUGUGCUGAUCUUGCACAAAAGCGUCAGGCACCUGAUGCUCCAACGUUACCGCCAAGGGAUGGUGAACUGAGUCCUCCACCUAUACCUCCCAGGCUAAAUCAUUCCACCAGCACAUAUCCUCGCAGUCAGACGAACGAAUUUAUUGGAAGUAAACGCUUAUUACAACCAAAUACUAGCAGUAUUAUGAUACGAAGAAAUUCAGCAAUUGAAAAGCGUUCAGCUGGAGCCAAUAUAACAACAUCAUCUUCAUCGACUUCGGCAUCUGGUUCAUCAUCAUCCUCACUAAAGAUGACGAAUCCAAUGCCAGGUACACCGUUUACAGGUCAUUUAAAUACUGUAUACGCAGCGUCAUUAGACGAACAGGUUAUAUCACCAGCGUUAAGCUCUUCAACGACAACAUCACCAAUGACACCCAUGACACCCAUAUCCCCGCACAUUCCGACAGGAUAUCAAAUAUCCGAUACCACAUAUGCAUGCUUUAAGACGUUAGCGUCAACACUGCAAACAACACAACAUCAAAAUCACCAACAUCAACAACCACAUACAACUACUGUUGGCAUGCAGCCACGUUCGUCUCCAAAGGAGUUUUUUCCAAUAUCUGACGGCACCCCUAAGCUUCCACCAAAACCUAGUCUUAGCGGAAACUUUUACAACAAUCCAGAUGGUACGAUGUUUCUUUACCCAAGUACAAACCAAGAAUAAUAUUUAUUGCCUGGCGAUGUGAUACGGACGAAGAUUUUCAUUAACUCAUCAAAUUAUGUUAUUGUAAAUAAAAUGUAUUGACCUGACCGUAUAGAAUAACACAAUAAAAUAUAAUAAUAUUGUUAGA